AUGUUUGUUGCCAUUAAUAAUUUGGUUGCAGCAAAUCAUGAAGUUGAGACCGUGUUUAAAGAUAAUGAAAUAAUUCCCGAUGUUAUCGAUGAGGCUCCACAUCAUUUUCUAAAGGUAUCCUAUGACAAUGGUUUGAAGGCAGACAAAGGCAACGAAUUGACACCAACACAAGUGAAGAAUCAACCCACAGUGGAAUGGGAUGCCGAAGAUGAUGUAUACUAUACCCUUAUCAUGACCGAUCCAGAUGCACCCAGUCGCACUGAUCCAAAAUUCCGAGAAUUCCGUCAUUGGUUGGUUGUUAAUAUACCCGGUAAUCACAUUGAUCAAGGAGAGGUGUUGGCUGCCUACAUUGGUUCGGGACCACCAAAGGGUACCGGUUUACAUCGUUAUGUAUUUCUUUUGUAUAAACAAUCGGGAAAAUUGGAAUUUGAUGAAGCUCGUGUGGGUAAUAAUUCUCGCCAAGAUCGUCCCAAAUUCAAGGCAGCCAAAUUUGCUGAGAAAUACAAUUUAGGUGCACCAAUUGCUGGUAAUUUCUAUCAGGCCCAAUGGGAUGAAUAUGUGCCCAUAUUACACAAGCAAUUGUCUGGCCAGUAA